CGCGCAAAUACUGAUGGAAAUCGGGACGACUGCGGCGGCUACGGUGUUUGAAGUCCACCGAGCGCUCCUGUCAGCGGAACGUUCCGGUCCGGCGGCGGACCUGUUGGAUGUAUCUCAACGAUUUCUGAGGCUGUUCGCGUUGUGCAAGGUUUCCGGCGACGUUGCAGAGGAAGCAAACAAACUCGUGACGAUCUUGUUGGACAUAAACCCGAGCGCGGACAUACAUCUAGAAGACGAAAUAUCGUUCUUUCUGUGGGAAAUUGACAAUCCUCCGGCGGAAAUGCGUUUAGCGUAUGGUAUAUUGGCACUGGGCCCGAGACUGUUCGUAUCCGUGUUUUCCUGGUGCGUCGGCUUCAUCUUGAUACUGUUGCAGUUCCGCUGGCCCAGAACGUACUAACACACAUUCGCUAUUUAUAUUAUUUAUAUUAUUUAUAAUAUAUAUAUUUUUAUAAUAUAUAUAUAUUUUUAUAUAUGUAUACGCGAUACAAACGGACGUACGGGCGGCGGAUGAUCGAGACGGUGAUCGUACUUCUACAUAACCUCCCGUUGCCACUUGCCGACACGGAGUAUCUACGUUCAUAUUAUAUAUAUAUUCGAUAUUAUAGGUGUACUUUGCGCGCGAGAAAACGACGACAAUAGUCGCUUGUGAACAGUAUAUUAUUAUAUUCUAUAUAUUGGCAAUAAUAAUAACGGUGGCGACUUUU